AUGAGCCUGUAUAACGAAGCACUACAAGAUUACCGGCAUCAAGGAUUCAUCGAAGAAGUUCACGAGCAUAGUACAGCUGGCGUAACCACAUUUUAUUUGCCUCACCGUCAUGUUUGGACGCCGGGGAAAUCCACACAACUCCGCGUCGUCUUCGACGCGUCCUCACAUGCGAAAGGAGAACUAAGCUUGAAUGAUGUCAUACAUCAAGGAUACUCGCUGACUUCCUGCAUCUUCGACAUCCUACUGAAGUUCCGAACUUACCAUUAUACAAUGGUUGCGGAUAUCCAGAAAGCGUUCCUGCAGAUCCAGUUACCUAUUGAACACAGAGAGGCGACAGGAUUCUUGUGGAUGAAGGACACAUCUAAGUCUCCCAUCGGUAGUAAUAUCAGAUACUACAGAUUCUGCCGAGUACCGUUCGGAAUCAAUGCUGGACCAGCAAUACUGAAUCAAGCGCUGCUCAAACAUCUUGAGUCAUUCACCAACAACACAUUUCGAGAGAUAUCAGAUAUGCUGUAUGUCGACAACGUCAUAGUUGAAGGAAAGAACAACGAAGAACUCCUCAAGAAGUAUCAUGAAUCUAAGGAAGUGUUCAACAAAGUUGAAAUGAACCUUCGAGACUACCUCUCCAACAGUGCACAAGUCAAUUACAAGAUCCCAACGCAUGAUCGUGCUACUUCAACUAAUAUAAAAGUCUUGGGCUUGCACUGGUACAGCAACGAUGAUCAAAUAGGUCUGGUAUGCGCUACAAAACCGUAUACAAAAACGAACAAACGAUACGUCCUCAGCCAAAUCAAUGGACUCUGCUUCGAUCCCUUAGGAUUACUCACACCCUUGCUUACCACGGCAAAAACGUUUCUUCAAGACUUACACAAGAAGAAACAGGCGUGGGACGAUCCAUUGUCAAAGGCAGACUGCGAUACCUGGGAUGCAAUCAAGAAAGAAAUGAUCCACUUUUCCAUCCAACUACCUCGACGAGUAACACAGCAAGAAGGAUGCACAUCCCGCACACUUUCAAUGUUCGUCGACAGCUCGAAAAGAGUCUAUGCUUGCGUUGCUUACAUUACAGCGGAUACACAAGCUGGAGAGCGCUAUACAAGACUAUACUGCGCAGAGUCAAAGGCCCCCAUCGGAACAACUCAAACAAUACCAAAGCUCGAACUGCUAGCCAUAUUUAUCGGAAUGAAUUUGCUGGAAUACAUUGUAACCAAGAGCGGACUGAAGUUCGAUAAAAUCAACCUGUUCAGCGACUCUACCAUAGCCCUCGCCUGGAUCCACUCCAAAAAGCGACUUCCUUCUCUUGUCACCAACUUGACACAGAAGAUACAGCUGACUAGAGAACGUCUUGAACAAUACCGGCAUGUCCAAAUUUACCAAGUUCCCACAGAAGAAAAUGUUGCUGAUCAUGCAACCCGCGGUCUUUCACAAGCAGAAGCCAGCGAUCACGUAUGGUUCAAAGGACCUCGAUGGCUCAAUGAGCAGGAGCAACAUUGGCCUGUUCGUCAGGUAGAACAGCUAAGUCAAGCAGAAGAAGAAGACUCUCUCGCAACAAUUGCCACUAUGGUAACACCUUUCACCACCCUGACAAGGCAACUAAGAAUCUGGCCUACUAAAGCAGUCAGUAGCUAUGACAAGCUCAAAAGGAUUGUUGCCUAUUCCUUACGAUUUGUACGCAAAAUCAGCAAAGGCAAACUCUAUCAACUUGACGAGCACUGCGAAACGUUCGGCGGCAUUCCGAAUGCCCAAGAGAUGAUAAUCGCAGAACGCCACCUACUUCGAGAAGAGCAACAGCAAUCUGAUCUGCAAUCCUUCAUAAACAGCUGCAAAAACAAGACCAUCAAGGAAGACCUACAUGGAAUUACUAGAAAAUUUGGUCGCCUACAAAACUCGGAUUUGAACUACGACACCAUCAAUCCAAUCUACCUUCCCCGCAAAGGACUACUGAACGCUAGAAUUGCGGCGCAGCUACAUAAAGACUUGUUUCAUUUAAAUUCACGACCAUUAACGACAAUCGGAGAAGCUGCUGACAACAAUGAAGUACUUCGCCCAAUCGACUUCGUGUACAAAAACAUUCGACAUGGCAUCGAAGUUGUACGACAAGACGAACAACAUCAGGAAGACCCUCCAUACCAACCUACUCCGAGAAUUUCCACGCAAUUGGACGCAAAGAAGGCCAUUUCUGAUGCAGAGACACUUACCAACAAGUUCUGGGACAAAUGGAAAACAGAGUAUCUCUUAGAACUGCGCGAACGCCACGUACUUUAUGGAAGCAAUUAA